CAGCGCGAGUAUCACGGGAAAGCAAGAUGUCCGCGUGCGUUUGAAAAUGUGUGUUUACUGGUUUGCUGCAGUUUAGCGGUGGUUUUAGACAGUUUGCGCCCUGUGCUUCACUCUCCGCGCGCUGCAACGGCGGGAGACCCGGCUGGAGAAGAGGAGGGAGCUCAGAGAGAGGAGCCGGACUGUUGUUUAUUAGCGGGCUUGCUGAAGAAAAUGGUUUGGUAGCUCCGCUGCUAAUGCUAGCUUAGCUUAGCUUAGCCUAGCCCAACUUAGCCUAGCCCGCUGCCGCUGUGAGGCCGGGCGCGUAGAGCCGCUGAGGUCCGCCGCUGCUGUUUUAAUGUCUGUGGGAGAAAUAAUGCUGAUACUGGGAACUCAUGUCGAACGUGUAUGAAGAGAGAGCCGCAAUGAUAGCCGCCGGGGAACUGCAGCCGUUUGUCCCGUUCGGUCGUGAGCACUGCAAGAACCACCCGAACGCCGUGAACCUCCAGCUGCGCCAGCUGCAGCCCGCCUCAGAGCUCUGGUCCUCGGAUGGAGCGGCCGGACUCGUGGGGUCCCUCCAGGAGGUCAGCCUCCAGGAGCGCCAGAAGGAAUCUUGGCAGCUUAGGAAGGGUUCCACCAUCACAACUGAUGAAGCUGAAUAUGAAGAGGAGCUGUACGUGGCAGGACAUAUGGUUAUCUGGAGUCGGGGGAGCAAGAGUCAAGCAUCCAAUGUGUAUAAAGCUUUUACAGUGGACAGUCUAGUGCAGCAGGCCUUAUGGUGUAAUUUCACUGUUCCACAGUCUCGUAAAAAUGAGAAGGAUAUAAUAGAACAAGGCAUCUGCAUAGUCCAGAGCAUGUGUGUGAAUGUUCACACUGUGAGUGGGAAGGACUUCAUCUCACCGCUGCCUUUUCAGGUCUCUACCCUGUGGCCAACCAAGUUUGGUUUGCUUUUUGAGCGCAAAAACAUCACAUCUGAUGUUCCCAUGAGUCCUACAAGGGAGCCUCUUCCGACUCUUUUUAGCAUGCUUCACCCGUUGGAUGAAAUAGCACCUGUUGUUUGCAAAUCUACAGGUCUGUUUGAUUCGGUGCGUCUGCAGUAUGUAUCAGACAGCUCACUUCGGGUGGUUUUCUCCUGUGAGAACCCUUCCAUCAUUGUGACCUACGACACACUGCAGUGCACUCAUACUGUCUGGGCUCUGCGCAAAGUCACACCGGAGGAGCAGACUACAGUGCUGAAAUGUCCCGGGCCAGAUGGCCCUGCUCAGACCCCUGCAGCUGCCCACAGCUUCCUUGGAACCCAUCUUAGGAAUGUGACACGACUGGACUCUCCUGGGUCACCGCUCCACUGCCACGCCCUGCACAACCAAAGCCGCAUCCCAGCAUCCCCCAGCCUGCACUCGCGCACCCAUUCACCCAGCAUCUCCAACAUGGCCGCCCUCAGUCGAGCCCACUCCCCUGGCAUUGCAGUUCCAUCUUUCUCUGGGACGCAGCGCUUUAACAUUUCAUGCCACUCCCCGUCGGUCCGUGGACACAGCCUGUUGGCUUCACCCAACAGCACACUAAAUGAUACAGCCCUGCUUCCUGAGAUGGAGCCCAUACUGCCUGACCUCUGCAUUGAGCAGCUGUGGACAGAGACUGCUACUACAUCCCACAGGGAGAAGAGCAGCCAGGCCUCCAGAGUGUUCAUCACCUCUGACUUGUGUGAGAGUAAAUACCUCUGCUUCCUGGUUGAAUCGCACCAGCAGCUCAGAUGUGUGAAGUUUCUUGAAAGCAAUGAAACAAACCAACUGAUAUUUGCUUCACUUACCACAAUUCCCGCCAAAGAUGCUGCACCUUUGGAGGAUAUUGAUGCCUUGCUGGUAUUGGAGACGAAUGGCAGCCUGGUCUUGUAUACAGGAGUCACACGUGUAAGUAAAGUAUUUGUGCCAGGCCUACUGUCGCCAAAUUUUGGUUUGCCCAAUCACCUGCCUCCUUUAAACACCCAUCUGGACAACGUGAGCACCCCAGCCAAGGCGACAGUCCGGCAUAUAAGCAGACUCGAGGAGCCGGACAUGCCGUCUCCGGUGUCAGAGGUGCGAAGCUUGGUGCAGCACCAUGAGUCAUCCUGGCUGGACGACUCUCCAUUUCAGCAAGCUGCGCCACACAUCCAAUCCCUAAGGGACCCCGUCAGCAACCGCGUCACUCUGGAGCUGAGCAAUGGCUCAAUGCUGAGGAUUACUAUUCCUGAAGUGGCUACAUCAGAGCUCGUGAAGAGAUGUCUUCAGGCCAUUCGUUUUAUUCUUCCCAAAGACAUUGCCAUGAAGGUGCUGGUAAAGUGGUACAAUAUCUACAAUGCUCCUGGGGGUCCCAGCUUGCACCAGGAGUGGAAUUUGUUCAUCACCUGCUUCAUGACAUUAAUGGGCUACAACACUGAGCGACUCACUUGGACACGGAAUCUACAUUUUGAAGUGCCUCUCUCUCCAGUAAUAGCUCCUAAAAAAGCUCGUCCAGCAGACACCGGCUCAGAUGAGGACUGGGUAUACCUCUGUGCUUCAGACUACCACUGCCAGGUGUUGGUGCGGCCAGUACCAGGUAUUCCUGAUCUGGAGUCUACGGUGCCCCCUGUGGGAAUGGAGGACAGUGGGCUGACAGUGGGCCUGGAGCCCUCGGCUCUGCUCUUUCCUCACAUUCCUGCCCUGUUUUAUGUUCUGCACUUGCUUUAUGAGGACUUGAAGCUUGACGAGCUCCAGCGCAGUGGUGCCCGUGCCCUGGUGGGCCUCCUGCAGCAGCUGGCCAGGGACCUCCAGCUGGAGGAAUAUAUUGAUCUGUACUGGCGCGAUUACCCCUCAUUCAUCAAAACCUUCAAAGAAGCGUGUUUGAUCGAUCAGGCUCAGAUGGAGUUAAUGAACUGGCCGGUGUACCUGAACAGCGAGGUGCCCUGUGUGUUCGGCUGGCUCAGUGGCUGUCUAAGAGGACAGGACAGGCCUCCGUUCCCCUACCUGCCAGGCAUUUGUGAGAGGACCAAGCUGCUUGUGCUGAGCUAUGCCCUGUAUGUAGUGAGAGAUGAAAAUGCUGUCACAUCUAACGUGUCUAAGUACCUGUCGAGGCUCUCUGCAGGCCAGAAGAAAGGUUUUGGUGAAACUUCUAUUAGAAGGCAGAGCAGUGUAAAACUCAAUGCUCCCUCAGGCUGCCUUGCUGAGAAACUGGUGGUAUGGUUGACCUCUGCAGGCUUUAUGCUAAAGGACCUGGAAUCGGUGCCUUUUGGAGUGGCUCUGCCAAUUAGAGAUGCCAUUAGCCAGUGCAGAGAACACCCCUGUUCUGAUUGGUCUGAGGAGGUUUGUGCUCUAAUUGGGCGACAGGACCUCACCAAGCAGGCCCAUAAAGUUUCCUUGGCCAAAGGAAAGCCGAUGGUGGGUCUAAAUGUGCCAGUAGAGCCUCCCAUAACAAAUGAGGCAGAUGAGGAGGAGGAUGGCAUGGCCGAUCUUCACCCAGAGGUGACGGGACUAAUUUGGAGUCAGGAUCUGCGUGUGCAAGAGGUGCGUCGUCUGCUUCAGAGCUCAAGGCCUGUCCGGGUAAACGUGCCCCACCUGCCGGACGUCAGUGAACAUGAAUACAUCGAGGAGAAGGAGAACAAGCUUCUGCAACUGUGUCAGCGCACCAUGGCUCUACCUGUAGGCCGAGGUCUCUUCACACUCUUUUCUUACCACCCUGUGCCAACUGAACCCCUGCCCGUGCCCAAGCUUAACCUCACCGGCCGAGCUCCUCCCAGGAACACCAUGGUGGACCUAAACAGCGGCAACAUUGAUGUGCCACCCAACAUGACAAGCUGGCCCAGCUUCCACAAUGGAGUGGCAGCCGGCCUUAAAAUCGCCCCGGCCUCUCAGGUGGAAUCAGCCUGGAUUGCGUACAACAAGCCCAAGAGUGCAGAGCUCGCCAAUGAAUAUGCUGGCUUCCUCAUGGCCCUCGGUCUCAAUGGCCACCUCACCAAACUGGCCACACUAAACAUCCACGACUACCUCACCAAGGGUCAUGAGAUGACGAGUAUUGGGCUCUUGCUGGGUGUCUCUGCCGCCAAGUUAGGCACCAUGGACAUGUCCAUCACACGCUUGCUGAGUAUUCACAUUCCAGCUCUGCUGCCCCCCACCUCCACAGAACUGGAUGUGCCGCACAGCGUCCAAGUGGCUGCCGUGGUGGCAAUCGGCCUGGUCUACCAAGGCACUGGGCACCGACACAAUGCUGAAGUGCUGCUUGCUGAGAUUGGCCGCCCCCCUGGUCCUGAAAUGGAAUACUGCACAGACAGGGAGUCGUACUCUCUAGCAGCAGGCCUGGCCCUCGGUAUGGUUUGUCUCGGGCACGGCAGUAAUCUGAUCGGGAUGACUGACUUGAAUGUGCCGGAGCAGCUCUAUCAGUACAUGGUGGGGGGACAUCGCCGCACACAUGCUGGCAUUAAUAGAGAGAAGCACAAGUCCCCUAGCUACCAGAUCAAGGAAGGUGACACAAUCAAUGUAGAUGUGACCUGCCCUGGUGCCACAUUAGCUUUAGCCAUGAUCUAUCUCAAAACCAACAACAGGUCUAUAGCUGAUUGGUUGAAAGCCCCAGACACCAUGUUCCUGCUGGACUUCAUCAAGCCUGAGUUCCUGCUGCUGAGGACUCUGGCCAGAUGCAUCAUCAUGUGGGAUGAGAUCCUGCCUAAUGACGAAUGGGUGACCAGCAAUGUGCCUCAGAUAAUCCAAGAGAACAUUGGACUACAGGAGGAAGCUCUAAUAUCAGAAGAUCUAAACAUGGAAACUUUAGUGCAAGCUCAUGACUACAUCAUCGCUGGAGCUUGCAUGGCUGUGGGCUUCAGAUUUGCUGGGUCUGCAAAUUCGGAUGCCUUUGACUGCCUGUACAAAUUUGCUCGAAACUUCAUGUUGUCUUUAACUACCACAACAACCACCACAGUUUCGGGUCCCUAUAACCUGCAGACGUGUCUGAGCAUGGUGCUGCUAGCGACCUCCAUGGUGAUGGCUGGCUCAGGGAACCUGAAGGUGCUGCAGCUUUGUCGUUUCCUGCACAAGCGCACGUUUGGUGAGAUGAACUACGGCUUUCACAUGGCCCACCACAUGGCUCUGGGACUGCUCUUCCUGGGAGGAGGCAGGUACACCCUCAGCACAUCGAACUCAGCCAUUGCUGCCCUCCUCUGCGCCCUCUAUCCUCACUUUCCUGCUCACAGCACCGACAACAGGUAUCACCUCCAGGCCUUGCGUCACCUUUGUGUUCUUGCAGCAGAGCCUCGGCUGCUGGUUCCUGUGGACGUUGACACUUUAAAGCCCUGCUAUGCCAUGAUGGACGUCACAUACAAGGAGACACAGUGGUAUGAAGAGACAACUGUGGAAUUGAUGGCUCCCACCAUGCUCCCCGAGCUUCAUCUCCUGAAACAGAUUAAGGUGAAAGGUCCGAGAUACUGGGAGCUGAACAUUGAUCUCAGUAAAGGAACUCAGCAUCUACAGUCAAUUCUCUCCAGAGAUGGUGUUCUCUAUGUAAAACUGCGUGCAGGACAGCUGCCCUACAAGGACGAUCCACGUGGCUGGAAAAGUCUGCUGGCCCCCGCUGUCAACAGAAACCCAGAAGUGCGCACUUUCAAGCCUGAAGCUAUCUCGACCUUUACCUCAGAUGCUGCUUUGGUUUCUUUUGCUGAGUACUUCUGCAAAGCCUCUGAGAACAUGAAACAAGAGACUGUGGCCUUAUUCUCAGCUAUUCUAUAUGAAUGUGUGACCCAGGAGAACCCAGAGAUGCUGCCCACCCAUAUCGCUAUAGAUCAGGCGGUGAAGGGUCUGGAGCGUGGCGAGUUAAAUGAGACCUUCUGCCUGUGGCAGAUGAAGCUGGUGCUGGAAAUGUGCGAGAGUGAUGUGUUGCAACAAAGACUGCGGGACACAAGACAGGGCCGUGGUCUGCUGCUUAGCUCAGAGUUUCUGCCCGUCAUGAAGAGCUUGGCUGACCAGGCGCUCGACCGCUGGCUCUGUGACAACGCCCAUGCUCUGCAGUCGUACGUAAGCGGCCAUCCCACGAAUGAGGAUGCAGACACCAACAUGCUGGCCUGCUUCCUGGUCUACCACUCUGUUCCCAGCUUCAGGAAGAUGACAAAUACAGAGCUGGAUGGGAGCUCAUCUUUCCCUGAGCUGCUGUUGAAGUUCAGUAAGCUGGGUGUUCCUGUGCGUGCUCUGCUGCGCCUGAGUCCGCUGUUCCUUCAGGCAUGUGGCUCUGGAUCCGGACUAGGACUCUCCCUUUGACCAAGUUGCAACAGAGACUACUUAACCUUUUCUUAGAGAACAAGUAAGCCACUGCAUCAUUACUAGUUCCUGAAGGACAUGGCCAACCACUCCUGCACUGCAGCCAUGUAAAUAAUUUGUAUCUAUGUUUGUACCUGUAAUAGUGUCAAUAAAUACGAUUUGAGUAUU